AUGGACGCCAACACGACCUUCACUUCCGUUCUGGCGAACGCAAAGUUUGCCAGCGUCUCCAUCCCACCACAGGUGGACAGCGUGAUCGAGGCCGUCUCCAACGCCAGCGUCUGGACCAUCGUCUUCACGGUUCUCGCUCUCCUGGUCGCGUACGAUCAGAUCGGCUAUAUCGUUCGUAAGGGCUCCAUCGUCGGCCCAGCAUGGAAGAUUCCCUUCAUGGGCCCCUUCCUGUCCUCCAUGGACCCCAAGUUCUGGGAGUACCAGGCCAAGUGGGCGAGCGGUCCCCUGAGCUGUGUCUCCGUCUUCCACAAAUUUGUUGUCAUUGCUUCCACCCGUGAUCUAUCGCGCAAGAUCUUCAACUCGCCUUCCUACGUUGCCCCCUGCGUCGUCGAUGUCGCCCCCAAGCUCCUGGGACAUGACAACUGGGUCUUCCUCGACGGCAAGGCCCACGUUGACUUCCGCAAGGGGUUGAACCAGCUCUUCACUCGCCAGGCCCUCGACUCGUACCUUCCUGGUCAGGAGGGCGUGUACCGCGACUACUUCGCCCGCUUCCUCAAGGUCACCAAGGACGCUGGCGGCAAGCCUGUCCCCUUCAUGCCUGAGCUGCGUAACCUCAUGUGCGCCGUCUCUCUGCGCACCUUUGUUGGCUACUACAUUUCCGACGAUGCUGUCGACAAGAUCGCCAACGACUACUACCUCAUCACCGCCGCCCUCGAGCUCGUCAACUUCCCUGUCAUCAUUCCGUACACCCGCACCUGGUACGGAAAGAAGGCUGCCGAUAUGGUCCUGGCCGAGUUCGCCAAGUGCUCCGCCAAGAGCAAGGUUCGCAUGGCUGCCGGCGGCGAAGUCAACUCGCUCAUCGACGGCUGGGUCAAGGCCAUUCAGGAGUCCAAGAAGUACCGCGACGCUGAGGCUGCUGGCCAGGCCGAGGGUCUGACCAAGCCCAUGCCCUACCUUCGUGAAUUCAGCGACGACGAGAUUGCCAAGACCAUCUUCACCUUCCUCUUCGCCUCUCAGGACGCCACCAGCAGUGCCGCGACGUGGCUCUUCCAGAUCAUGGCCCAGCGCCCUGAUAUCCUUGACCGUAUCCGCGAGGAGAACCUGAAGGUCCGCAACGGCGACAUCCACGCCGAGCUUAACCUGGAGCAGCUGGAGUCGCUCAAGUACACCCGUGCCGUCGUCCGUGAGCUUCUUCGCUACCGCCCUCCCGUCAUCAUGGUUCCCUACGUCGCCAAGAAGGCCUUCCCCGUCACUCCCGAGUACACCGUGCCCAAGGGCUCCAUGAUCAUCCCGUCUGUAUGGCCCGCGCUCCGCGACCCCGAGGUGUACGAGAGGCCCGACGAAUUCGACCCCGAGCGCUACUACACGGGCGACGCUGAGGUCAAGGGCUCCAAGAACUUCCUCGUCUUCGGCACAGGUCCCCACUACUGCAUCGGCCAGGUGUACGUGCAGCUGAACCUGGCGCUGAUGAUCGGAAAGGCCGCGCUCCAGCUGGAGUGGACGCAUCACCCCACCCCCCUGUCUGAGGAGAUCAAGGUGUUUGCCACCAUCUUCCCCAAGGAUGAUUGUCCUCUGACGUUCAAGGAGCGCGUUGCGGCGUAA